AUGACUCAUCCUGGUUUAUCCAUCAUCAAGUUACCAACUACAGAUCUUGUAUCAGGUAACAACUCGACAGAAAGUGCGGGAGAAAAAGUCGCUCAGCGUGUCGUGUUAUUUCCAAAACAAAGUAACUCAGGAAGCCAACUUAUUUGGCGUGGCGCUUGUUUGCAAAGUAUUUUAAGUGAUGUGCCAAGUCAAAAUACUCAGUCCAGUGUUGGACAGCUAGGUAACAACUUUGGAGAAACCUUACAAAGAAAGAUAGUCAACAUAAACCCGUUUGAAGAUAAACCUUUAUCUUUGUCAUUGACGUCGGUUUGGAAUCAAAAUCAACAAGAUGCUACUAGCGAUGGGAUUUGUCCCCUGAAUUCAAAAAACAAAAACUUGAAGAGACCUAGGAAUGAAUCCAACCCUAAUAAUCCUGAAGGUAACAGUGAUUCAUCUGAAGAAAAAUCAUCUACAAAAGUCCGAGCAACCAAACCUCGCAUUCGGUCACAAACGAAACGUUCAGGGCGGCGAAAUGCUCCAAAACCUGUACAACAACCCCUUCUUCUAACCUUGCGACCUUUUCAUCCACCUGGAAACUUAUUACUUCCUGCAUUUGAUCUAAUGUCUAAGUUUGAUGGUUUAGUUUCAUUUGAAAAUGACAAAUUAGUAACAAAUAAUACUUCGAGUAGUUUAUCAACUAUCAAUGAAGAAAAUAUUGAAGAGACAUCAACAACACUUAAUGCUUCUGUAUCAACUACCGGUCGGAUGAAAAGUAGUGCAGGAAUAAAUGAUAUCGACUUUGAGGAAUUUAAGCAUUACAGACGUCUCAAUGGGUAUUCACUUUUCGUACAUGUCAAUAAGAAAAAAUAUGGAUCAUUUCCAGGCUCGACACUCGUUGAUGAUAUAAAUGAUGCCAAUGAUAACAUGCAAACUGGCCUUGGUAUCUCUAGUUCAGGAAAAGAAAGCCAGAAAUCCAAUCGUAGAUGGCAGUCACACUGAUUAUUUGAAAACAACCGCACAGAACUUCAUGAAGCCUUUGCUAAGGGUAAAGAAAGAUCCGUCAAAUGAAUUUUUCUUACUAUAUCAAAUUUCAUCGAACAUCUGGUCAAAAAGAUCAAAUCAUCACUGUAAUGUAAACAAGAACGGAGUAAACUCCCUUGAAAUGUUAAGGGAAUAGGAUGUUUUUAUUGAAACAGUGUGGUUAAAUCGUAUACAUAACCAACCGAUGAUCUUGCACAUGAAGUCAGCAAAAAUGCCCGUAAAAACUUAGAAUUCUCAUCAGUCUCUUAAGCACCUAGUUGAGUUAAGACUUAGUAAGUAAUAAUUCCCUGAAUUAGGGAAGUUUGUGUUUGAAAACCAGCAAACAUUUAGUUUUCAAUAAAAUGUCUUAUAGUUUUCCAAUUUUCUUGACCGUUUUUUCCAAAUUAAUAAAUGCGAACCGAG